AUGGCAGAUUUUAUUAGGCAUUUAAAUUCUAUAAGCGCGUCUUCUGAAAAACUGGUCGAAAGUGAGCAGAAACCGGAAACGAGGUUCACGGAUGCAUUACUUCAUUCAAAUUCAAUUAUAGAUUUGAUUCGAGACGCUGAGAAAGAAGAGCUAAUUACAACAGAAGCUGCAUCUUUGCCAAAAGGGAUCCAGGAGAAGUAUAAUUCAGAGAGCCCUGCAGAUCAGGUUGCGUGUAUUGAAGAACUGUUGGAUAUUUAUCCCAUGCAAGGCGGGCGUGAGUACUUGGAAGCUUUAGUCGAGAAAUACAACACGCAUAUGACCGCACUAGAGAACCUGGAGACAGCACUGGUAGAACAGAAAGACAGACUACAAUUAUUUGACCAGAGACAGAAAGAUCAAGUAUCCGCAAGAGAAAACAUCUUACAGCGCGAAAAUUCCGAAAUACAAAGACUAGAGAACGAGAUUGAUAAAGCAAAAUUGGAGUUGGAGAAAUACCCUUAG